AUCGUAGUAUUGACUGACACAGAAAGACUGCUGAUUAUCUGUUUAACCUAGUUUUUGUUAAGAUACCAAAUAUUUUAUAAAGUUAUUGCUAGUUAAGGUUUUGAUAUAAAACAGUAUGGAGCUUUUUACGAUUGCUUAUUUAGUUAUAUCUCUGAUUUGUGGGAAAGUUAAUGCCAAGAUCGAUUCCGAAAUUGUUCAAAAUUUAAAUAUGGCGUCUGGAAAUAUUAAAAUAUCAGCUGAAUGCAAAAAUAGUUUAGGCGUUUAUUUAAGCAGAUUGAAUGAGAGUACCAACCGAGAGGAAGAUAUUUGGGCUUUGCAAAUGCUGGAUGCCACCUCAAAGAUACCUGUGGGUAUCCUCUCCCUUAAUUUCGGAGAUAUGGGUGAUUUUAAUGAAUGCAUAGAAAUAGCAUCUACAAAAGACAAAAUUUUUGGAAAAUACUGUCUUGCUCAUAUCGGCGUAAACGUUUCAGCCAUAAACAGAGAUUUAUCAUACUUCCAAAGUACGACCUUCCUCCAAAAAUUAUUAUCAAGGAUAUCGGCAGAAUUUGCAAUCGAUGAUGGCCUUUCAUCAUGUUCUUUAUGUUAUUCUUUGGCGCUGUGUUUGCCGAAUAACUGCUCAGAUGCAGAUGGUACUCAAGUAACCAAUUACAUGAUAGACACAUUUGGGGUCGGCGUCGAAUCAAUGAUGUGUCAAACAAAACAGGACGUUGAUCCACCUUUAGAUAGGGAUGCGAUUAUAGGCAUAUCCAUUUUAACCAUUCUUUUACUAUUAGUUAUUUUAUCUACCACGACAGAUCUCUACUUUUUGCAUACUCAAAGGGGCAAUAUCCCAUCAAUAUUUGUUAGCUUCUCGCUAUACACAAAUGGAAAAAAAGUCUUUGAGAUGCCACAAAGAAGGUCCAAUCUUUCAUGCUUAGACGGAAUCAAAGUUCUGUCUAUGUUCUGGAUUGUACUGCUUCAUACACAUAAUACUUACUUAGCCGGACCUCUUUUUAAUAGCGAUGAUGUUUUGGAUCAUUACAAUAAGUUAUUAACCAUGCUUUUUGCCCGAGCAGAUCUCGCCUGUGAUGCUUUUUUGCUAGUAGGAGGACUAUUAGUAACUUAUUUAUUCUUUUCAAAGAAAGACGACAAACGCCUUACUCCAGCUAAAAUUUCCAAACAUUAUUUACACCGAUACCUAAGGUUAACACCAGCCUUGGCUGGUAUUGUGCUCGUUUCUGCUACACUGUUACGAUAUUUUGGUUCGGGUCCUCGUUGGCCGAUAACUGUCAUCAGUUUUGAAGGAUUUUGUAAAAGAUAUUGGUGGACGACUUUACUAUAUAUUCAAAAUUGGGUGAAUGUUGAAACCAUGUGUGUUGGACAUUCAUGGUAUGUAAAUGUUGAUAUGCAGUUAUUUUUGCUUUCUCCUCUAAUAUUUUGGCUCUUGACAAAUUAUCCAAAAACGGGAAUAUUCGUUAUAGUAACUGGAAUAUUUAGCUCUAUUGGACUCUCCUUUUAUAGAGCCUAUACAAUGGAGUUACAGGCAAUGAUUUCUGAAGUAAAAAUGGAGCCGAAACCGGAAUACAUGCAUAAGUAUUAUUUAAGAACAGAAACAAGAGCUUCCCCCUGGUUAAUGGGAACAAUAUUGGGUUACAUUUUAACUCGGAAGCAACUAACUUUAAUAAGUUUAUCAAAAAAAAUUAGCUUACCAGCAUGGGUUUUGAGCUUUUCACUUAUGAUGGUUUGUAUUUUUGGUGGACAUAGUACAUUAAGAGGACCAGAAUAUCGACGGUUGGAAAAUUCCUUUUAUAUUGCAUUGAUAAGACCGUCAUUUUGUAUAGCAAUAAGUUGGAUCAUUUGGGCAUGUGCUACAAAUCAUGGGGGUUACAUAAACACUUUUCUAUCCCUUCCAUUUUUUCAGUUUAUGAAUAAAUUUUCAUACAGUAUCUACCUCAUCCAUGUGCAAGCUAUAUUUCCAAUCGUUUAUUCACAAAAGACUGCAAUCUAUUUUAGUGACUUUAAUAUAAUUUACUGGUAUUGGGGAUUAUUUAUGUUUUCGUUUGGACUGUCAAUAAUUUGGCUGUUGGUGUUCGAGUACCCUGCAGUUGCGUUGGAGCGAAUAAUUUUUUCUUAGAUUUAGAAACCCUUACGUGCUAGAGUUGCAUUACUUCAGUAUUAAUAUGGUUUUAUAAACUGGAUCAAAAAGAGUACUGUAAAUAAAUUUAUAAUAAAACAAAUAUAACAUUUUCUUGUUUCCUU